UCUUAGGAUGUAGAUUUAAUUCGAUUAAGAGAAUUAUAUUAAUGUUUUCUUGUAGUAAGCGUAAAUGUGUUUUGAUGUUAAGUAGAUAAACCAUAAAAAUAGGUGCAGGGAAUGCAUCUCAUACAAAGCAAUUUGCUUUCUAAAGUCAUGAUCGUUCGUCUGUAUGGUGAACCAAUGUUGCACUCAUCCAAGUUUCUCGGUACAUAUAUCUUCAUUACAUGACGUCCAUAACGAUCGCAGCUGAUCUUAUAAACUACAGCACUGCCAUGCAAAAGAUUUUGCACCAUUAACCUAUGCUGGAUUUUAUUGUAAUAAAACUUGAUUCCAUUCUUAAAAUAACUUAUUCAACCUACAUCCAGAUAAUUGCUUUUUAAAUUUAUAAACUUCUUUAUUUAAAAAAAAAAAAAUAAUAAUAAAUUUAAUUCGUUAUAAUGAUAAUGUUUAGUGGUGCUUUAUCCUAAGGGCAAUUGCCUGGUGACCCCACUAACUGGGGAACCCCAAACCAAUCUUUUAUAAGAAAAAAAUUACCCCAAAGUCAACACUCUACGCGAUAUAGAUGAUGUGUUUUAAUAUAUAUAUAACAAAACAUAGAAUAAUAAAUAAUUCCAAUUGUGAUGAUGCUCAAUUCUGUAUGUUUGUUCUAUGUUCAAGUAAACUAAAUUUGAUUUUAUAAAAUUGUUUUCUGAUUAAAUUCAAAUUUUCUUGGGCCCCACGAAGCUAUAAUGCACCACUGAUAAUGUUAUUAAUUUAAUGUAUCAAGGUUUAUGGAGGCAGUUUUAAGAUUAAUAUAUAUAUAUAUUAAUCUUUUGAAAUAUUAAUAUGUUUGAUUCAUAAAAUUUAUUGAUAUUUUGAGUGUGACAGGAUGUUUAUUAGUAAUCCGGAUGGACCAAAGAAUGGCACUUUCGCUUCUCCCACUUUGGAAAUCCCAGAAGGUCAUUCUCGACAAUGCAUCUACACUUUUAUUGCUUCCGAAAAUGAACGGGUACAAGUCACUUUCACUGUGUUCAAUUUAAAAGGAACUCCUACGGAUUGCAAUCAUGAAUACAUCGAUCUCUACACAGAAGUAGAAGAGCCUUCCAAAGAUCUGAUCACAACUCCAUUUGGAGGUCGUAUCUGUGGAAAUAAUUUGCCAAGAAAAAGAAUAUCCUUGUAUGAGACAUUAGUCAUUGCUUUUUACACUGAUGAAAAACAAGUUACUCCUGAUGUCUUCCAAGGAAUAUAUGAAUUUAUUAAUGCCUCUCAAUAUGUGGUUGGAACACCAACUCCCAAUUCUGUUUGUAGUUUUACCAUCUAUAGUGACAGAGCAAGAGAGGGUGAUUUAUUAUCUCCAACUUAUCCAGGUGUUUAUCCAAAAAACCUUCAAUGCCAAUAUCGGUUUCUCGGGGGAAAAGGACAGAGAGUCCGAUUGGAAUUCAUGGAUUUUGAUCUUGUAUAUGGAGGUUCCCAUUGCCCUUUUGAUUAUGUGAAAGUAUUUGAUGGACUCAAUGCAGAAUACCCACUAAUAGGAACUUAUUGUGGUCAACAGAGAAAUUUAGUUAUUUAUUCAUCGGGUGAUAAUUUAUAUGUCUUUUUUAAUACAAUGCAAAGAACAACGGAUAGUGAAAAUCGAGGAUUUUCGGGAUGGUUUGAAUUCAGCGAAAGAUUUGUUAAACUCGAUUUUAUACAUCAAAGCACGGGAGAACAUAUAAGAGGCACAGAAUGUGAUCAGAAGGUUCUUAGUAAAAAGGAGUCGUCUGGAAGAGUUUAUUCGCCUAAUUAUCCACUUCCUUAUUAUUCUAAUACUGUAUGUAAAUAUUUCAUAUAUGGGCUUCAGGACCCGCAACAUUUGGAACGAGUAACAUUAGAAUUUGAAAAAUUUGAAAUACCAAUCAUUAAUCCAUCAAGUAGUACUACCGUCAAAACAACUGCCGACGAUCCGUGUCCAGAUGGAAAUUUAAAAGUUUAUUUACAAGGACAAGAAGAAAGGCAAGCUCUUGAUGAAUUUGAUCAUGCAUUUUGUGGACACUCUCUUCCACCAGUUUUAAAAUCUGAAGGUCCUCGUUUGGCUCUUGUAUUCAAUAGUGGUUCCAUCGCUGGUCCCGGUUUUAAGGCAACAUAUAGAUUUGAAACUGAUUAUAAAGUGCCAGGUACACCAUCGCCAGAUGGUAGAUGCCAUUUCACAUAUAAUAGUGCAACUCAGAGAAAAGGUGAAUUCAAUUCUCCUAGAUACCCUGCUAAUUAUCCUUCCAACACAACCUGUGAAUAUAUUUUUCAAGGAUCAAAAAAUGAACAGGUGAAAUUUGUCUUUAACUACUUCAGACUGAAACCAGAAAUUACUGAUGGGGUGUGUAAUAAUGAUUGGUUGGAAAUAUAUGAAGUAUUUCCAAGUGGAAGAGAGAGUAAAAUUGGCAGAUAUUGUGGGAAAUCAUCACCAGGUCCAGUAUUUUCUGAUGUUGGAGUUCAUUCUAUGAAAGUUGUUCUUUGCACUGAUGGUGAAGAUGUUGCAAGUGGAUUUAGUGCCACAUAUAAUUUUAUAGAUGAAAUGAGUAAAUUUGGAGACUGUGGUUAUAAUAUAAGUGGAAAGGAAACUGGAGUCAUUACAAGUCCUCGCUUUCCUGAUAACUAUCCUUCAACUAGACAAGUCUGUAAUUGGUACGUUACCGUAAAGCCUAAUCACAAAGUAUUAUUAUUCUUUUUAUAUUUUCUCAUCGAAGGCGAUCCCAUCGAAAGAGGAUGUUCUGGUGCUGUUAUGAGAAUAUGGAAAAACUUAAGCCAACCUCCAAUAGAACUAUGUGGAGAGAAAAUAAAUAAUGACACUCAGGAAAUUAUAUCAGCUUCAAGUAUGAUUAAAAUAUCAUUUGUGACUGCUGAUAAGGCUGUUGGAACUGGUGGUUUCAAAGUCUCUUGGACUGAAAUUAAAGAAGGUAAAUAAUAAUAAUAAUCAAUUAUUAACUAAUCUCAAUGUGAAAUUUUGAAAGUUAUAGUAAGAAACUACUUUUCAGAGACAAACCUGAUAAAUCAUUUCAUUUCUAAUAUCCAAGUACUUUUGAGCCUUUCAAGCUCAUUAUUAAAGGUUGCAAGUUUCA